AUGGAAAAUUCAUUUAUUCAAUUGCAUGAUUUACCUGAUGAAAUUCUUUUGAUUAUUUUGAAAAAAUUGUCCAAUACUGAUGUACUCUAUUCUUUGAUAGGUGUUAAUAAACGACUUGAUAGUAUUGUGCAAGAUUCAAUUUUUACAGCAUAUUUAACAUUUAUGGCAUCUUGCAAGGAUUUAAGCCGAAUUGCUGAACCAAUACUUUAUCGAUUUUUUGUUGAAAUUUUACCUAAAAUUCGUCAUAAAAUUUUAUGGCUCAAUCUUGAAUCAUCAUCUAUGGAUCGUAUUCUUUCAAUAAAUUAUCCUAAUUUAUGUGGACUGGCUUUACACAGUCUUACAUCAGAAAGAGCGAGAGAACUUUUUACGGGAGAAAAUUUGUAG